CUUUCUACAAAUUUACGCAACCAUUAUCCGCUCCGAUUUCAUCGUAAAGUGUGUGGGUGAUAGACAUGUCUGCUUUAAGCGUCACUGGUUCCGAGUGGGCGACUGCAGAAGAGUACCAAUCUGAGUCAGCUUCCCCCACGCUAUUUCCUUUAAUGUGUUUCUGACUAGGGUGCUGACCAGCAACAUAGCCACCAAUCAUCUAUAGUCUGGCUGACUGGAAACAUGGAGACCGAACAGUUCCAUGACCAAUGGCCUCAUAGCCACACUCAGCUAAACUUCUACGACGGACCAGUUCCUCAUCAGCUAGAAGAGGGACUGUUCGGUGACGCAAGCGGAGUCAAUGCAGACACGAUAGGUUCACACUUUGAUGUCUACUCUGUCGACCGCUCACAGCAAAGCGUCACUCAUUUUUGGAGCCCUGAUACCGACGGACAACAACUCUCCAUCUCAAUGCCACCAGCUGUGGCACGGUACGUCCAGGAACCCCAGAGCUACGAGAUGCUUGCAAUCGGCCACGGCAAACACAGUCCCCCCGCGAAACAGACGAAUGAAAGGGAGGCACCUCGUGCGGAUAUGCCAAAUCGAGCGGGCUCGGAUGCAGGUUCUAGAACUGGUAAGGGAGGCAAAGGUGCUGAGUAUCAAAAUGAAGGAUGCCAACGCAAGCAUGGCCAUACUGGUUAAUGACAUCUCAUGUAAUAUGGUAGAUAAAAUAGAAAGGAGGGCUGUUUUCCGCUGAUCGCAUGUAAUGAUAUUUACGAGAGGUGGUUAGGCAUUUGCCACAAAGUCGGGGGGGGGGGUUCCGAGGCCGAGCCUGAUAGUC